CCUGUUGCAUUCAGAAUGAGACCAUUGACAUGGCAUUGGAUGGCACCUUCAGCCUGUUUGCUUUUCUCCUUCUUUGCCUUCUACCCUCUACAGCAAUGGAGAACCAGACAGCAGUGAGAGAGUUCAUCCUCCUGGGCCUGACCCAUCUCCUGGUGUUACAGCACCCUCUAUUUGUUCUCUUCCUCCUGCUCUACGUGACCAGUCUGCUGGGUAAUGGGGCCAUCUUAGCUGUGGUGCUGGCUGAGCCCCGGCUCCACACCCCCAUGUAUUUCUUCCUGAGCAACCUCUCCUGCCUGGACAUCUUCUACAGCACAGUCACCGUACCCAAGAUGCUGGCCGGCUUCCUCUCAGGGCAGCAGACCAUCUCAUUUGCAGGCUGCCUGGCCCAGCUCCACUUCUUCCACUUUCUGGGCAGCAGUGAGGCCAUGCUGCUGGCCGUCAUGGCCUAUGACCGCUAUGUGGCCAUCUGCAACCCGCUGCGCUACAGGCUGGUCAUGAGCCCACAGACCUGCCUGUUCCUGGCAGCAGCCACCUGGGCUAUUGGCUUCCUAUAUGCACUGCUGCACACAGUCAUGUCAUCUCAGGUGCAUUUCUGUGGCCCCAACAUUGUCUACCACUUCUUCUGUGACAUCAAGCCCCUGCUGAGCCUGGCCUGCAGCAGCACCCACCUCAACAUGGCCCUGCUCAACUUUGUCACUGGGAGCAUUGCGCUGAGUUCAUCCAUCCUCACAUUUCUCUCCUACCUCUACAUCAUCUCCUUCCUUCUCCUGAAGGUCCGCUCACAGGAAUGCAGAAGAAAGGCCUUUUCCACCUUUGCCUCCCACCUCACUGUGGUGUCUCUCUUCUAUAUGCCAGUCCUUGGUAAUUACAUGAUUUCCUCUCCGGGUUCCCCCUCUGAAAGAGACAUGAUAUCCACUCUCAUGUACUGCAUCCUCACCCCAGUUCUGAACCCCCUGAUCUACACCCUGAGAAAUGAGGAGGUGAAAACAGCACUAAAGAAAUUCCUGAACAGAAAAUUUUACCCUUGA